GAAACAUCCCUCUCCCGACGUCCACCAUGGCGGUCGGCAUAUUCUCCUGGUUCCUCAUCUCGCUGGCCGUGGUAGGGGCGCACGCUGCGACCCUCACUCUCCAAUCUCCUCGGUUCACAAUCUCGGCGUCGGACGCCAGUCAGCUUCGUUCAGAGCCAUUGUCACUCGCGCAGAAGCCAUCAACGGCUCUCUCACUCGGUCCUUCAGAUGUGCUGAAGCUCACGUUCCAAGUUGUGGACAAGGAUGGCGGCAAGGGCGUGCAGCCACACCAGACCUUCCUGCGGUUCUAUGACGAGGUUACGGGCGAGGAGGGUAUCCAGCCAGUCAAAGUGACGCCAGGCGGAAAAGCAAAGUUUGAGCUUAACAUGGCUCGCCCGCCCACAUCUCUUCCCCCGACCACCACGAACCCGCUCAAAGUGUCGCUCUAUCUCGGGUCUUUCGCCCAUGCGCCGGUGCAGUAUGACCUCUUCGACCUCGUCGUGCCGCCAUCCCAGCCUCCCGCGCAACACACGGAGGAAGCGUCCUUCCACCUCCGUCCCGAGAUCCACCACACCUUCCGCCCCGAGCAAAAGCUUCCUCCCAAGAUCAUCUCAGCGUUCUUCGCGGCGCUCCUGGCCGCUCCUUGGGUCGUCCUCUUGGGCCUGUGGUCGCACAUCCGUCCCCAAGUACCGCAUCUCUUCUCGCCAGCGAUCCUUCCCUUCGUUGCUACGCUCGCCGCGUUUGAGGCGCUCCUCGUAUGGUACUGGGUCGCGCUACGGCUCGGCCAAGUGCUCCUGUACGCCAGCAUCCUCGCCAUCCCCACCGCGCUCGCGGGGAAGCGCGCGUUGACGGCAGUAGGAGACCGGCGUCUUGGUAAAAGCUCGAAGUAGCGUACGUGAGCCACUUUGGGGACGAUGAUAAUUUAUACCGCAAUAAACAGAGGCUUCGGCUUGCCUUGCAUCGUACAGGUGGCGCGCUACGUUCUACGACGUCUUCAAAAUGCACUACGCGUGCUGCACAGCAUAUCAUGGUCGCAAACCGUCGCGAGGCGGCGUAUACAGUGAACCGAGAGGAAGCGAAGAUAUAAUUGAUGGUCAACGCAACCCUCAGCAUUAUCUUGAAAACCCAAGGAAUGCGCGUCGGACAACCAUGAGUACCGCAGACAGUAACUCUUGGUGAUCACCGCUAUGUAGAGAUUGAGUAGCAAAUUUGUGUGAUUGUCU